AUGGCUGGCACAUCUAACACAGCUGGUAUCCCUGCACCUUUAGCUAAAGGACACUUUAUCACUAGACCACCUUUGUUUAAUGGUUUUAAUUAUUCUUUCUGGACAGUGAGGAUGAGAAACUUUAUUCAAUCUCUUGAUAUUGAAGCAUGGCAAAGAAUUGUUAAAGGUCCUGAAAUUCCAUUAGAAUUGCAUGCUGAUGGUUGUAUAUCUGCAAAAGAAGUGUGGGAUAAACUUGAAGGGACUAAUCAAGUGAAGGAAUCAAAAGCAAAUAAGCUUAUUCGGGAAUAUGAACUAUUUGAGAUGAAACCUGGAGAAACCAUUUCAGAAAUGAGCACAAGAUUUACUGAUCUGGUGAAUGUUCUCAAAGCUCUUGAAAAAGAAUUCACUGAAGAAGAGUUAGUCAAGAAAGUCUUGAGGUCACUACCUAAAUCAUGGGAAACAAAAGUUACAGUGAUCUUUGACACCAAAGAUUUCUCCAAAUUCACUUAUGAUGAGCUGAUUGGUUCUCUUAUUGCUCAUGAAAUGCUUUAUGACAAGAGCAAGAGUAAUGUAGAUGAUGAAAAGAAAAAGAGAGGAAUUGCCUUAAAGUCAGGCCAAGAGGAUGAAUUAAGGAAAACUAUAGCUUUUAACGCUACCUCAAGUGACAGCUCCAAUAGUUCAAGUGAUGAAGAUGAUCUUGCCAUGAUUACAAGAAGAUUUAAGAAAGCAUUCAAAAAGGGAGGUUCGAAAUACAAGAAACAAGCAAGGAUCAAAAAUUCAAAGGACAAGAGCAAGAAAGCCUUGGUUGCUGGUUGGAUGGAUAGUGAUGAUUCCUCAAGUGAUAACUCUAGUGACAAGGAGGUUGCACACAUUUGCCUCAUGGCUCUAGAAGAGGAUAAACCAGGAAGUUCCCAACAAAGAGAAAUCAACACUGAGGUAAAUAAUUCUGACUCUCUUAGUAUUGAGGAUUAUGAAGAUGCAUUUGCCAAAUUAUAUGAAGAAUAUAAAGUUUAUAAGAAAAAAUGUUCUGCUUUAAACAAAGAAAUUGCUUCCUUAAGAGCUAAAAAUGAUUCAAUGAGCAUUAUUGUACAAGAAAAUAAGUUUUAUAAAAAUCAAAUGCUCUUGUUUGAUGAGAUGAAUAAGGAGUUAGAAGAUUCAAAAAUUGCUUGUGAAAAACUCAUUGAGAAAAACAGGAUUUUAGAAACUAAGGUGGAAUCUUUGACAAAUGAUUUAGCUAAAUUCAUAAAUGGCACACAAAUUCUUGAUAUGUUACUUGGUUCUCAAAGAUUAUCAAAUAAAAAAUCUAGUCUUGGUUAUGAUGGAUUCAUGCACUAUGGAAAAUACAAAAAUUUCUUUGUAUGUCUUAGAAGCAAGCAAGAGUGUGAACAAUGGUAUGUUGAUAGUGCUUGCUCAAGACACAUGACUGGAGAUAAAGAAAAAUUCUCAAACCUUACCUUGAAAAGUGGUGGACAUGUGAGAUUUGGUGACAAAGGCAAAGCUUACAUCAUUGGAAGUGGCUCUAUUGGGAAAAAUCCAAGCAUAAAGGAUGUCGCACUAGUUGAAGGUUUGAAAUUCAAUAAUCUUAGUGAUAACCUCAAAAAGUUUGAUGUAAAAUCAGAUGAAGGUAUUUUUCUAGGAUAUUCAAUGCAUAGCAAAGCUUAUAGAGUCUUUAAUAGGAGAACUUUGUUAGUUGAGGAAACCAUUCAUGUUGUAUUUGAUGACACUAACAACUUCUUGGAAAGAAAGAUUGUUUGUGAUGAUGAUGAACUAGGUAAAAUUUUUGGAAGAAAAAAGGAUGAGACUCAAAAGAAAUAA